AUGUCAGAAAAUACUUGUGUGAUCAAAAGACUAAGAGGGCUCCUCAAGAAAUUAAAAUAUUCGGAGAAAUUACGCGAAAAAUUGAAAUGCUGUUGCGCUACCGUUGAAGUUGAAAUUUUAUCACCGACUAUUGACAUCGCGACGAGAUGGAAUUCAUCAUACGAGAUGAUAAAACUCGCACUUCGUAUGAAACCAGCGUUAAAAUUAUUAUGUAAACUCAAUCCCGAUUUAAAUAAAUUCUGUCUGCAAGAAUCCGAAUGGCAACUUCUUGAAGGUAUUUUAAAGUAUUUACGAUACUUUAAAACAUUGUCGCUAACCUUAUCAGGUGAAAAGUAUAUUACAAUCCCAAUGGUUGUGGUAGGUUUCAACAUGCUAUUAGAUAAACUUCAGGAUGGAAUAAAUAUUUUCGAUCAAAAAAUUAGAAAAAGUGGAGUUGAAAUUCAGAUAAAAAAUGCACUUGAAGCAGCGACGGAAAAGAUAUUGAAGCACUAUUCCAAGUUCAACUGGAUGUAUUGCGCUGUCCUUCUUUUGGACCCGAGAUUUAAGCUUGAAACUUUCCAAUUGACGGCUUGGGGAAAAGAGAUGGUGAAUGAGUCGCUUAAAAAGUUUGAAAAUAUUUAUAAAGAAUCCUAUUAUAAAACAUCUACUAAUGUCACAGAAAUGUUUCAAGACGAUGAUCUUUCCUGCAAUCAAGAUACACCUGAUGAAGAUGAUGACGAUGAUGAUCUGAAGAUCAAUUCACUUUUCAGAAAGCGAAACACAGCCUCAGUAUCUUUGAACAAUGCUACGAAUUCUUGGCGAAGUGAGAUCGACAAGUAUUUCUUGUUAGAAAGAGCCACUGAAGACGUUGAUAUCGGGCAAUGGUGGAAGAAUCAUGAAAACAUUUUUCCAAAUCUAAGUAGAAUGGCGAAAGAUUUAUUUUCAAUUCAAGCUACAUCAGUUCCCGCCGAAAGACUUUUCUCGAGAGCAGGGUUAAUUAUUCGAAAACAUCGAAACCGUUUAACCAAUGAAUCGGCGAAAAAUUUGAUUUGUUUAAACUCGUGGAUGACGUGUAACUUAAGUGAUGCAAUUAUCAAAGAACUAAAUUCUAUUUAG